AUGCAGGAGCUCGACAAAUUCAGCGACGACCAGCUGCAGCCCUUCCUGCCCCUGUUGGUGUCGUCAAAAUUCGGGCCGAAUUCGAGCAGCGUUGCGCCCGAGCUCUUCGCGCGCUUGACGACCUUCUCGCGCGAGUCGUUCAUCCUCGACUGUUUGAAGGUCGACUACACCGAGGUGGCGAAACGGAUCAAUGACUUCUCCAACUACAACACCACCUCGAAGAGCCCGGCCGACAAGUACGUCUACUACGUGUCGAAGCUGCUGCGCACAGAAAUCGUCGAUUCCAAUCUGCAUCAAUGGGUCGGCGACAGCGAGCUGCCGAUGGCGACCUUGUUGCUGUCGUUGGCGAUUUUGCACAUGCCAUGUAGCAAAAACCAUGAGCCGAACCCGGAAUUUAUCAUGGCGCUCGCCCAGCUGAAGAUUCUUUGCCAAGGCAAGCCGAGUCGCGAGGAUCUCGAGCUGCUGCAGCAGUACUUGACGUUUAAAAUUCCAGUCCACUCGCAUACGCACGCCGCGCUCUGCGCGCUGCUGUCGAUCACCUCGCUGACGAGCGCCCAACAGUCGACGCCGAACGCGUCGACGCCGCACAACGAGCAACGCUGGAUGGUCGACUACCUACAGUGGCUGAAGGCCGAGGCCAUCGCCAGUCACAAGCGUCAAGACUCCACCUUCCACUCGAUCCUGGUCGCGGCGCUGUGCGUGUGGACGGGCCGUGUCGACGAGAUUAACCGAUUUUUGGGCUCUUCGCUGUCUUGCAAGGUCGCCAUCACCUCCCGUCACUUCCAAGCGAUUCGCGCCCUUCUCCUGUCCGUGCUGCCGGAGAAGGAGCUCGUGCUCCUCUGCGUCGACCUACCGGUUACGAUAGAUCUCCACGACUCGCACGAGUCCUCGGAGCCGCUUCCGAUUCUGUGGAUCUCGGACCUGCUGUCGCAGAAGGUGUUCCAGAAGUACAACGUCGACGUCGGGAGCUGGAUAGGACGCCAAAUUUCGGCAGCCGCACUUCCAACUAGCGCCGUGCUCAUCGAAGUCAUCGAGAGG